AUGGACACAAAGAUGGCGUCCUGGAAGUCCACAGGAACCUACGUCGACGAGGUUCCCCCACAUGGGGCGAACAUCGUCAGUGGCAUGUGGAUUUUCAGGGUGAAGCGGCCGUCGGGUUCUCCGCCUGUCUUCAAGGCUCGUUACGUUGCUCGAGGCUUAAGUCAGCGAGAGGGAGUAGACUUCUUCCAGACCUUCUCCCCCACCCCAAAGAUGACCACUCUUCGGGUACUACUGCACGUUGCUGCUCAGCGCGACUACGAGCUUCACUCUCUUGACUUCAGCACAGCUUUCUUGCAGGGCAAUCUGCACAAGGAGAUAUGGCUGUGCCGCCCUCCUGGCUUCACUGGGUCGUUCCCUCCUGGUGCCCAGUGGAGCCUCCGCCGACCGGUCUACGGUCUCCGCCAGGCGCCACGUGAGUGGCACGACACACUGAGGACUACUCUUGCGGCACUUGGGUUCUCUCCUUCUACUGCUGACCCGUCGCUGUUUCUACGCACCGACACUUCGCUGCCGCCGUUCUACAUCCUCGUUUACGUCGACGACUUGGUCUUUGCCACAGCAGACACUGAGUCUCUCGCCCACGUGAAGUUGGAGCUGCAGAAGAGACACACGUGCACAAACCUGGGUGAACUGCGCAGCUACCUUGGCUUGCAGAUCACCCGGGACAGAGCACGCCGCACCAUUACCCUGACUCAGUCACACAUGGUGCAGCAGGUCCUUCAGCGCUUCGGCUUCACCUGGUCCUCAGCAAAGGCCACUCCUCUGGCUAUAGGUCACUCGCUCUCAGCUCUGCCUUCGGAUGAGUCCGUAGAGUCGAGUGGUCUUUACCCAGAGCUAGUUGGUGCACUGGGAUGCUGCAAAGAGGGUAUUGCGCUACUUGUGCAGUACAUCAGGCAUGGGGCUCGUGCUUGGAGGAGGGAGCUCAGUUGUUCUCACUGGGCACUCAGACGCUUCUUGGGUUGA